AUGAAAAUAUCCCCGCUGUUUUUGCCUUUUUCUCACUCAGAGCUUCUCGAUUCCACAGCGCAGCAGAAGAGCGUCAAUCCACUAGCAGAUUUUCAGAUAAGCUUGGUCAAGCUCAUCCAAAGAGCAAGGGAUGAUUUGGCCCCUUCCGAUGGGCAGCUUGCGAUGCGCUCGGUGUCGUCGAAUUCAGAUAAUCUUAGUGCGUCUCUGAUAGAGAGCAACCUGAAUCCCUACUUGUCAAUGCCACCAUCGCCUGCUUUCCGAGGACAAAUUGUUCAGUACGGAGCGUUUACUUUACUCUGGGAAAGGGUCAAUAUUAAUUCUCUUCUAUCAGUCUUGCCAAAAUAA